AUGAAGAGACCCUUGGAAACAGAUGGAUAUGAUGAGAAUGAUGAUGAAAAGGAAAUUAGCGGUGGUAUAGUUGCUAGUGUUAUACCUGAUGAGUUUUUAGAGAAGCAUUCAUCAGAGUUCCAUAAGGCUUGUAGGCACAUUAUGAGGAUUGAUAAAUCUUUGGUAGAAAUAAUACUAAAAGGUGAUUUCCCACUAUUUUUGAAAGAUAAACGUGAAGUGGAUUUCCAGUUUUACUAUGAUAAGUUGGCGAGUGCUAUUAUUUCUCAACAGAUCAGCGGUAUAGCUGCCAAGAGUAUUAAAAAAAGGCUAAUAGACUACUUUGGUGGUAAGUUCCCGGCGUUUGGAGAGUUACAUGAUGAGUUAGUUGAUCCUAUCAAGAGGCAAAAGGUACAAGCUUGUGGAUUUAGUGCUAGGAAAAUGGAAUACCUCGAAUCAUUGACGAACUAUUUUUGUGAGAAGGAGAAUUCAAUUAAAGAUUUAUUUGCCAAUGGUACAGAUGAUGAGAUCGUGGAACAAUUGACUAAAAAUAUUAAGGGGAUUGGACCUUGGAGCUCAAAGAUGUUUUUACUUACAGGUUUAUCUAGAAUGGAUGUCUUUGCUCCGGAUGAUUUGGGAAUUGCAAGAGGAUUUUCCAAAUAUCUAUCAGAUAAACCACUGUUGGUGGAAGAACUUAAGAGAAACAGGGUUGCUGCUAAACGUAGUAAAAUUAAACACAAGAAAUUAAACUGGGUUAUUUAUGAUGAUGAUCUGAUGGAGAAAUUUGCCGCCCAAUUUUCACCAUAUAGGUCGGUUCUAAUGUUCAUACUUUGGAGAAUGGCAGCUACAAAUGUGGAAGCUAUGGCCAAUAAUGAAAAGGAGUUUGUCAGCAACUAA